CCAUCGUGAAUGCUGCCAGCUGCAACUUUUGUCCCCGCGCAGCUGCUGGUGGUUCCUCCUCGCGCACAAGCUGUCUUCAUUUAAAGUCAAGAGAGGCAGCUGGAUGAUGUCAUAUCCGCGAUGAAGGGUCCCUGAACGCAGCUCGGAUUCUCGCUGAAUGACCACAAACUUUUUUUUAUUUUUUUGUCAAUCUUUUUUGCAGAGACGCGAUUUUUCCCCGCUGCCCGCAUGGCACGCGUGACGGGCACGGGUGGAUGGACGUGCCCACCUCUUCCUCAGGAAGUCACAGUUUUUACCAGAGCGUAGUGGACACGGCGGAGGGCGCGCACGGAGGCGAACUUUCGUGAUUUAUUUAUCGUUAUUCUCCAUCUCGCUUGUGGCGGAGGAGGUGGAGGUAUGACAGCAUACAGAAUGUGGUCGCUGUCCGUGGUGCUGAACCCGCUGCUGUUUCUGCUGCUGUUCGGAUCCUGUCCAACCGCGACCAUCAGGCCAAAGGAGGGCUGGCAGGUGUACAGCUCAGCUCAGGAUGCAGAUGGGCGUUGUAUCUGCACAGUGGUGGCACCAGAACAGAAUCUCUGCUCCAGAGAUGCCAAAGGCAGACAGCUCCGACAGCUCCUAGAGAAGGUGCAGAACAUGUCACAGUCAAUCGAGGUGCUGAACCUGCGGACGCAGAGAGACUUUCAGUACAUCAUGAGGAUGGAGAGCCAGAUCAAAGGACUUCGGUCAAAGUUCCGGCAUAUCGAGGUGGACAGGAAGACGCUCGUCAACAAAAACUUUCAGGAGCUAAAGGGAAAGAUGGAAUCCCUGCAGCCACUGAUUCCUGUUCUGGAGCAGUACAAGACCGACGCCAAGCUCAUCUCCCAGUUCAAAGAGGAGAUCAGAAACCUGUCCGAUGUCUUGAUGGGCAUCCAGGAGGAGAUGGGAGCCUAUGACUAUGAGGAGCUGCAACAAAGAGUCCUAAACUUGGAGAAUAGGCUCCACAGCUGCAUGAACAAACUCACGUGUGGGAAGCUGAUGAAGAUCACUGGACCACUGACAGUGAAGACUUCGGGGACCAGGUUUGGAGCCUGGAUGACUGACCCCCUGGCCCCUCCUAGAAGCAACAGGGUCUGGUACAUGGACAGUUACACCAACAACAAGAUAGUAAAAGAGUACAAGUCCAUCGCUGACUUUGUGGCAGGAGUGGAAUCCAGAACCUACAACUUACCUUUCAAAUGGGCCGGAACCAACCACAUAGUGUACAACGGCUCGCUGUACUACAACAAGAUGCAGAGUAACAUCCUCGUGAAGUACAGCUUCGAGACGGGCCACGUGGUCACUCAGAGGGCGCUGGAAUCGGCUGGUUUCCAUAAUGUGUACCCUUACACGUGGGGAGGCUUUUCAGACAUCGACCUGAUGGCGGAUGAGCUGGGCCUGUGGGCUGUUUACGCAACCAAUCAGAAUGCAGGGAACAUCGUCAUCAGCCAGCUGAACCCAGACACGCUCCAGAUCAUCAACACGUGGAACACGGAGUACUCAAAGAGGAACGCCGGCGAGUCUUUUAUGAUUUGUGGGACUCUCUACAUAACCAACUCCCACCUGACGGGAGCUAAAGUGUACUACGCCUACUCCACUAAAACAUCCACGUACGAGUAUACAGACAUUCCCUUUCAUAACCAGUACUUCCACAUGUCCAUGUUGGACUACAACGCAAGGGACCACGCUCUUUACGGCUGGAAUAAUGGUCAUCAGGUCCUCUUCAACGUCACACUUUUCCACAUCAUUAAAACCGAGGAUGACUCGUAAAGGAGGAAACUUUGUACAGAGAAAGAUAAAGGAAGCUAGGGAAGUGGUUGUGCCUAAACAUGCAGAUGAGUUUUCUUCAAUGUCCUAAUUAAAGUGAGUUAAUUUUAUUUUCUGUUUAUUCAAACUAAUUGUAUUGUAACUGAUACUAGAAAUAUAACAUUCUAUAAAGUAUAACACACAAUUUGAGAGAAGUUUAAAGUAACAUGCAAAUUCUUUUUAAACUGAUUAAAGGCACUUUAACUUUUAAACUUUUGCCACCUAAAAGUGUACUUUCAGGCCUUUACCGAAGUUUAUUUUCCUUUGGAAAUAAAAGGACUUUCAGUUCUUAUUUUAACAAUUUUGCUUUUCAGUUUGCACAUUAUUCAUUCUCUAUAAUUUAUUCACAUUUUCUACUCUUGUCAUUAAUUGUUUUUAUUCUUUUUUGCCAUCAAUUCAUUACGAUCACUUAAUUUAAGCCUGCUUUUCACUGCCUUAGCUUUCAUCUUGUCUUUGUACAUCUUUGUUUUAGAUUUCACAGGUUUUGCACUCGACUUUGUACAAGACACUAAGAAAUGUUGUGGACCAUAAUGCACCUGUACAGAUAAUGGCCUUCUUUCUGUGUCUGUGGAUAAGCCCAGCCAUCAUGGUCAUGGGAUAUCUUGAAGUACUGAGUGAAAGCACUUAGCAAACACCAAAAUCUGACUGCCUUUUACUGAGUACUCUAAGAUAUCGGCUUUUUUGUAAUUCUAGCAACAGUGUAUUCAGUGUUGUAUGUUGUGUACACCUAAGAACGUCUCUCUCGCAUGAGGAUUGGAUGUCCCACUGGAACUUUUAUUAUGAAAGUGUUCAUUUUGUAUUAGAAGAGCAUCCCUUCCUCCUCCUCUAGAGUGAUGAUUUAUGAGCUAUUUGUAGUUUAGUUUAUUAAACAUUUCUUUAUGUAAAUAAGAUGUUAUUCAUAACCUAAUAAAACAAGUGUUUUCAUUUUAAAA